UUUAUCUUUGUGCGUUUACGUGGUGUGUGUUAUCCUGCAUAACUGCUCAGACAGUGUGCGGGUGUGCGUCUCUGUGUGUGUGUGUGUUAGCUCUCCUCCAGAGGAAACAACGAGCUUAUUAUGAAAUAAAGAGUGAAAGAAGGAAAUGAGAAGAGAGGGAUGGAGGACGGACAAUUGGGGAAAAGAUGGACGGAGGGAAGACGGACGGUGUCAGGGUGGAGUUGGACGGGUGGAGGGAGACAAACUGACAGAAUAAAACAAGACUUAAUGGAGCUCAGAGCUGCAGAGGGACAAAAAACAACCACAAAAGCAUCACGCUGAGCCUCCUGAAAGAAUACUGCUGUGUUUUCUGUUAGCUGGAAGAACCAGCUGAGAGUUUGCAGGGUGUGGUGCUGAUGGUGGUGAUGGUGCAUCGUUAAAGAGAGAGAGAGAGAGACAGAGAGAGGAGGGGAGAAGUGGAUGUGCCGCCUCUCCCUUCCUGCCUCCCCUCUCCCCUCACAGCCUCCCGUUGCUUCGCUGGGCGGAUUGUCGGUGAAGCCGAGGAAGAGGAAGGGUGAGAAACCAAGAGAGUGGGACCCAAGUGGAGCAACUAAGUACCGUGCUGCAAAGGGGGAGAGGAAGAAGAAGACCAGACCGAGGAGAGGAAGAGGGGAGGAGAAGGGGGAGGAGGAGGAGGAGAGAGCUGCUGUGGGAGAGAAGCAGAGGACCAAGUGCAAAAGUUAUCAAGAUUCCCCCAAAAGACUAAAAACAACAAAGAAAGAGUGGGACAAGAAGAGGAAGUUGGAGAUAAGACAGGAAGCAGAAGGAGGACUCCCUCACCUGGACCCCCAGGAUGGACAAAGUGGAGCGGGUGAUGAAGAUGGUGAAGAGGAUGUCGCCGAGGAAGAAGAGGAGAGAAGGGGGAGGAGGACGAGGAGGAGGACCGGGAGAGCUGGAGAGCCCGGACACCUUGUGCGACGAGCUCUGUCGCUUCAGCCUCUGCAUCGGGGAUGACGGACCAUAUGGAAAAACAAAGGAUAUCUCUGGACCAGAACAGACCAUGGCCUCGAGAAGACACAGCAUACCAGAAGCUCUGCGGGGGGUGACCAUGGUGGAGCUGGUGAAGAAAGAAGGAAGCACGCUGGGCCUCACCAUCUCAGGAGGAACCGACAAGGACGGGAAGCCGCGGGUAUCGAACCUGCGGCCCGGAGGACUGGCAGCCAGGAGUGACCAGCUGAAUGUCGGCGACUACAUCAAGUCUGUGAACGGCAUCAAUCUGACCAAACUGAGGCACGAAGAGAUCAUCAGCUUACUGAAGAACGUGGGGGAGAGGGUUCUGCUGGAGGUGGAGUACGAACUGCCCCCUACAGCACCGGACAGCACCUCGGGCGUUAUAUCAAAGACCAUCGACAUGUGUUUGCACAAAGAGGGGAGCAGCUUUGGUUUCGUCAUGAGAGGCGGCACCCACGAAGACUGGCACAAGUCCCGCCCCCUAGUGGUCACCUACGUCCGGCCAGGAGGUCCGGCGGACAGAGAGGGAACGCUGCGUCCCGGGGACCGUCUCCUCAGCGUGGACGGCGUGCCGCUGCACAACGCCAACCACAGCGACGCCCUCAGCGUGUUGGCCCACUGCGGCCAGGAAGCCCUGUUCCAGAUAGAGUAUGACAUCACCAUCAUGGACACACUGACCAACGCCUCCGGCCCGCUGCUGGUGGAGAUCGCCAAGUCGCCGGGGGCAACGCUGGGUAUCACGCUGACAUCGGCCAAUCACCGGAACAAACAGGUCAUCGUCAUCGACCGCGUUAAGCCCGGCAGCGUGGUGGACAGAUGUGGAGCGUUGCAUGCUGGGGACCACCUGCUGUCCAUAGACGGGACGUCCACAGAGCACUGCACCGUCCUGGAGGCCACGCAGCUGUUAGCCAGCACCACAGAGCUGGUGAAACUAGAGAUGCUCCCCUCGCACCAAACCAGGCUGGCCGGGAAACAGCACGACACAGUGAAGGUUCAAAAGUCGGACCACCCACACUCAUGGGACCCCUGUGUGAACUACUGCCACCCAUCAAACUCCACCCUCUGCAACACCAGCGCCACCCUCAACAAGUCGUGGACCGCCUCCAACAACAACACCAUCACCAGCCUGGACUACUGCAAGACUCUGGUGUCCGCCGGCUUCUCCCCCAGCUCCACCACCACGUCGGGCCCCAGCAGCCAGAGCUCCAGCACCCUCCCCAGGGCCGCGCCGCCCAUGAGCCCACGCAACUCGCUGCUCAAACGCCGGCAGAGAAAGAAAGAGCACAAAAGCUCCUUGUCCCUGGCGUCCAGCUCGGUGGGGCCGGGCGGUCAGGUGGUUCACGUGGAGACCAGCGAGGUCUUCCUGAGCGGCGACCCGCUCAACGGCUUCGGCGUGCAGCUGCAGGGGGGGAUAUUCGCCACGGAAACGCUGUCCGCCCCCCCGCUCAUCCGGUUCAUAGAGCCCGACAGCUCGGCAGAGAGGUGCGGCCUGCUGCAGGUGGGGGACCGCCUCCUGUCAAUCAACGGCAUUCCCACAGAAGACGGAACUCUGGAGGAGGCCAAUCAGCUGCUGCGGGACGCGGCGCUGACCAACAAGGUCUCGCUGGACAUAGAGUUCGACGUUGCAGAGUCGGUGGUGCCCAGCAGCGGGACGUUCCACGUCAAACUGCCCAAGAAAAGAGGGGUGGAGCUAGGGCUCACCAUCAGUGCCAGCAAGAAGCAAGGAGAGCCGCUCAUCAUUUCUGACAUCAAGAAGGGCAGCAUGGCCCACAGAACAGGGACCCUGGAGCCCGGCGACAAGCUGCUGGCCAUCGACAACGUGCGGCUGGAGAACUGCUCCAGGGAGGACGCCGAGCAGAUCCUGCAGCAGUGCGAGGAGCUGGUGAAGCUGAAGAUACGCAAAGACGAAGACAACUCGGAUGAGCAGGAGACGUCGGGCAGCAUCAUCUACACGGUGGAGCUGAAGCGCUACGGAGGCCCUCUGGGUAUCACCAUCUCCGGCACCGAGGAGCCGUUCGACCCCAUCACGAUAUCGGGCCUGACCAAGAGAGGCCUCGCUGAGAGGACAGGGGCGAUCCACGUCGGGGAUCGGAUCCUGGCCAUCAACAGCGUCAGUCUGAAGGGCAAACCGCUGAGCGAAGCCAUCCACCUGCUGCAGAUGGCCGGGGAGACGGUCACCCUGAAGAUCAAGAAGCAGCUGGACGGCCUGAGCGACGACGCAGAGGAGAGGAAGGCCGCGGAGGCCGAGGACGCCACGGAGAACGAGCUUAGCGACGCCGAGGAGGAGGACGACGACGACGACCUGACGGACAGCCAGCAGACCAACAAGCUGUCGGAGCUCUACUCCACCACCAUCCCCAGCGUGGACUCGGCCAUGGAGUCGUGGGACGGCUCCGGGCUGGACGCCGGCUACGGCAGCCAGGGUACGUACAACCAGCAGGCCGCGGGCAUCGCCCUCCAUCCCCACGAGUGGCGCAGCGCCAAGCAGCAGCAGCAGCAGCAGCAGCGCGGCACCACGCCCCCUCCUGGGCGCCGGAAGAACUACCCCUUCAGCGACGGGGGCUUCAGCGAGGACGACUGGGACAAGCCACCGGGAUUCAUUGGCCAACAAGUGGACGGUGUUCUGUUGGAUCCAGAUGACAGCUUCUGGUGUCAGGCGCUCGAGGACCUGGAGACCUGCGGCCAGUCGGAACUUCUCAGAGAGAUCGAGGCCUCCAUCAUGACAGGAACAGCCAUCAGUCUGGGUGUCGACGGAGUCAACAAGCCGCUGGCUGAGCCCCUGCUGAGCCACAGCAGGAUGAGCCCCCUGCCGAGGAACUCGCUCCUCCACCAGGGAAACCUGCUCCACCAGGCCAACCACCUCCACCAGGGGACUCACCUGCACGAGGAGGCCCACCUGCACGAGGAGGCCCAACUCCACCAAGAUCUCCACCUGCUCCAGGAGGCCCAUUUCAACCACGAGGCCCACUUGCUCCACGAGGCCCACCUGCACCACGCGGCCCACCUGCACCAGGACAACCAAUCCCCCCUCCUGCACCACGAGCCCAAGCCCAAGGCCUCGCUGAGGGUGUCGGAGAGGACGUGGGAGUCCCGGCGGAUCAAAGAGGAGAUGCAGGGCAUUCUGUCCCCGACGCCUCUUGAGCUGCACAAGGUGACGGUGGUCAAGGACCCGGAGAUCGACGACUUCGGGUUCAGUGUGUCGGACGGCUUCCUGGAGAAAGGCGUCUACGUCAACAUGAUCCGACCCGACGGGCCCGCCGACCGAGCCGGGCUAAGACCCUACGACCGGAUCCUGCAGGUGAACCACGUGAGGACGAGGGACUUCGACUGCUGCCUGGCGGUGCCCCUGAUCACGGAGGCCGGGGACCGCCUGGAGCUGGUCAUCAGCCGCAACCCGCUGGGCGACGAGGACGAGGACGCGGAGGACAACAACAACACUUUGGACCGCGCGCUAGACUUGUAACACACUCACACACACACACACACACACAAAGAUCUAGACACACAUCUGUCCAAACACACACACACACACAGA